AUGCACGAGUUCGUGGAGAAGCAAGGCUGGCGCAUCCAACGGAACGACGACGACGCUCUAGACCGCUUCUGCGAUGAGAUCGGGGUCAAGCGCCAGGUGCUCAAGGUGUGGAUGCACAACCACAAGAACCAGCUCGCCUCCACCUCCGUCGCUGCUGCUGCCGCGGGCAUCGGCAUCGGCACGCCUGCACCUACACCUCCAGUUCGUUGCUUCACCGGCGGCCAAGCGCUCGUGCUGUCGCCACUGCAAGUAAACCCCGUUUCCACAGCGUCACGCACAGCCGCCAUGCCGACUGUAAGCGUGAAAUGGCAGAAGGAGGUCUUUCCAGGCAUAGAGAUUGACACUAGCCAGCCUCCGAUUGUUUUCAAGAGUCAGCUGUACACACUUACUGGUGUGCCACCUGAACGCCAAAAAAUUAUGGUGAAGGGUGGAAUAUUGAAGGAUGAUGCAGAUUGGUCUACUUUGGGAGUGAAAGAUGGCCAAAAGUUGAUGAUGAUAGGCACGGCUGAUGAGAUUGUGAAAGCUCCAGAGAAAGGUCCAGUGUUUGUUGAGGAUCUACCAGAAGAAGAGCAAGUGGUUGCACUGGGUCACAGUGCUGGUCUUUAUAAUCUUGGGAAUACAUGCUAUAUGAAUUCCACAUUGCAAUGUCUGCAUUCUGUUCCAGAGCUGAAGUCAGCGCUGCUAAGCUAUCCAGAUGCUGUAAGAGGUAAUGGCAUUGACCAAGCUUCUCAUAAUUUGACUCUUGCUACUCGUAAUACCUUUGGUGAUCUUGAUCAAAGUGUUCGCCCUGUUGCACCCCUACAAUUCUUGCAGACACUGCGUAAAAAAUACCCGCAAUUUGCGCAGCAGCAUAAUAAUGUCUACAUGCAACAGGAUGCAGAAGAAUGCUGGACACAGUUGGUGUAUACACUUUCUCAAACUCUUACCUCAGAUUCAAGCGAAUCUGCAGUUCUUCCGAUGAAGCAACUAUUUGGGAUAGAUCUCGUGAGCAGGGUCCACUGUGCAGAAAGUGGUGAGGAGAGCACGGAGACAGAAUCAGUUUAUUCCCUUAAGUGUCAUAUAUCUCAAGAUGUGAACCAUCUUCAUGAGGGAAUUAAGCAUGGCUUGAAGACAGAACUUGAGAAAGCUUCACCUACACUGGGUCGAACUGCAGUUUAUACUAGAGAAUCAAGAAUAAAUGAGCUGCCUAGGUACUUGACUGUGCAGUUCGUUCGUUUCUUUUGGAAAAGGGAAUCAAACCAAAAGGCAAAGAUUUUACGAAAAGUUGAUUACCCACUGGAAUUGGAUGUUUAUGAAUUUUGCUCUGAUGAACUGAAACAGAAACUCCAAGCUCCUCGGCAGAUGCUGAGAGAUGCAGAAAAUGCAAAGUUCGGAUUGAAAGCACAUGGGAAAGCUAGCAGCUCAAAAGAAAAUGAGGAGUCAUCAAGUAGUGCUGGGGAAUCGUCCAGUAUGGACAUUGACAAAGCUGAGUCUUCUCUACCAAAGAAACAAUUAACUGGCGUCUAUGAUUUGGUUGCUGUCUUGACACACAAGGGAAGAAGUGCAGACUCUGGCCACUAUGUUGGCUGGGUUAAGCAAGAUGACGGAAAAUGGAUCGAGUUUGAUGAUGACAAUCCAAACAUUCGCAAGGAGGAAGACAUUUUGAAACUAUCUGGUGGAGGUGACUGGCACAUGGCUUAUAUCUGCCUGUACAAAGCCCGCAUGGCGGAAUCAAAGAGUUAG